AUGCCGCACAUGACUGGUAUCUCGGAGGUGAAGUACAGCUACUCGGGCCGCCAGAACCGCUACGUCGCCUACAUGGCCAUCAACUUCAUCCGCCUUCGGUCGCUCACGUAUCUCAGCUUGGAGAGAGUACUAGAUGCUCACCUGGCCCUCUCCGAAGUGUGUGGCAGAGUUCGCACCGUAUUGGGUGGAACUCGUGCCAGGGGCACGUGCUGCAAUUUCGAGAGCGUCGAUGGUCAGACCUUCGAGGAGGUAUUGCGCACUGCAGUGCGCGAGGUGCUUCCAUCCUUCGGCAUGGACCCGUCAAAGGAUUUCGACUUGCUCAUCACCAUCCCCGCAAACAGGUGGCUCGGCGCCCCUCUGCCGACUCUGGGCUUCAAGGGCUCACACCUGGACGAGGCUCUCGUCGCGUGGCGCAGGCUGGUGGACGCGAGAGGCCCAGUGCGGCGAGGCUGCAUGCCGCUGAGCGCCUACCGCAGCGAGGAGUGGGAGGCGAGCUGGGCGCAGCUGCGCGCCGCCUUCCUCGACGUGGCCGCCGGCCGCCGCGGCCAGGGCCCCCUGCUGGAGAGGACGCGGCGGCGCCUGCUGGGGCUGGAGCAGCGCCGGCUCCCGAUCCUGGAGGGCUACCUGGAGCGGUGGAACAACCGUCGCAUGGCCUGCGAGGAGCGCCGCCAGCGCGCCAGCGCGCUGGCCGAGCGCGCGUCGCGCGCGCGCGAGCAGCGGCGCAUGGCGCGCGCCGAGAGGCAGUCCUUCCGUGCGUUCUGCGGCUUCUGCGGCAAGACGGGCAGGCUGCGCCGGCGGGACCGGAACCUGUGGGAGCUGGCGCGGCAGGCGGGCCUCGGAAGCGGCACGGGCAGUGCACCCACAAGCGACAUGCUCUACAACUUCAUCUUCUAUUGCCCGAUGCACCUGCUCAGGAUUACAGAGAUGCCGCUCAUGGUCGUCGCCAUGCCCUCGCUGCACACGAAGCCGUUGGUGGAGCUGUGGGACCACUGCCACCGCUCGCCGCUGCAGCUCCGCUACGACAUUGAGCCGGCGCAGGACCUACUCCUGACGUGUUUCCUGAUGCUGCCCAUGAGCGUGGCCACCUGCACGUACAUCAACGCGCCCGUGCUGCCACUGGGGCUCACCCAACUCAUUCAUCCGCUGCUGGUGAUGCUCAUGCCGCUGGCACUGCUUAAGCAGUCCUUCGUGAAUCGGGCGCUCCAGCUGGUCCCCGCGAGCGCCGUGAUUGCGGCGCUGGGGAUGUUCAUGCUGCUGGUGGUCAACCGUUUCCUGAACCCGUCGUUGGUGAUGCUCAUGCCGCUGGAGAUUCAAUUGCAAUCCUUCGUCAUCCGGGUGGCCCUGCUAGUUCUCACGGUGUCUCUCUGCAUGCUGGACAACCUACCGUUGCUGACUGCGUUCCUCACGUCCGCUCUGCCGCCGAUGCGGGAGGCGCUCCGACCAGCCCUGAAGGCGUUCAAGAUCGUCCUGCUGCCCCUACACACGACGCUCCACCGCAACCUGAUGGUGCUCAAGUCCGAUCCACUGCCUCUGCCGGUGGCACCUCUCUGCAUGCCGAGCAGCUUCAUGUUGCUGAUUGUUGCCCUUACGUCUGCACCGCUGCCGCUGCAGGUGGCGCUCCUGCGAAAUCUGAUGGUGCCUGAGGUCCCACCGCCGCUACUGGUGGCGCCUCUCUGCAUGCUGCUCAACCUUAUGUUGCUGACCGUGUUCUUCACGUCUGCUCUACUGUCGCCGUGGGUGGCGCUCCUACGAAUCCUGAUGGUCGUCAAGCUCGUCCCGCUCAAGCUCGUGAUGGAGAUUGUCACCACCAGCAUCCCGAGGCUUGGAGGCGUCUCCUCGCUGCACGCCUAUCGCACGCACCUCAUCAGCCUUUCGUUCGGCGCCGUGAUCGUCUUGACGAAGCCGCGGCGCGCCAUCUCAGUCACAUGCUCACUACUGGUCAGCUACAACACCACAUACACGGAGGCCACGAAGAUCCUGAAGCACGAGGCCGCAUGGGCGAUGAUUGAUGACCCUAAGCGCCGUAUGUUGUACGACACUUUCAUGGAGCAGCUUUGGCAUCACUGCAAGCCCCACAGCGAGGGCGACUCUGACGCUGCAGAGUGUGGCGAAGAUAUGCAUAGCUGCAUAGCUCUGAUGAGGAGGGAGAUGAGGUGGCUGACGCCGCCCUUCCCGAACAAGAUCUUCCUGAAGAUGAUUCUGGAGCCGCUGCCGCUGCUCGCCCAGCCCGCGUUCUGCAUGCUGCUGCUUGCUACGUCCAUCCCGAAGGCGUUCGGCAUGAAUGGGCUGUUCCUGGUGCUCCGUACCGUCACUGCUCGGCCGACGCCGCCCUUCCCGAACAAGAUCUUCAGGAUGCUGCGUCAUUUCUGCAUGCUGCUGCUGGCGACGGGCUCGAUUGGGCGGUUCCUGGCGCUAUGUACCUUCGCCGCUCGGAUCUCCUCUAACUUCGAUGCUGCUCCUCGUCUCCCGAUGGCCUGGCAGACGAAUUGGUCUGCCCCGCGUCGGAGCUUCAACAUGAUGUUCGUGCCGUCCCGCCGCGCGGUUGGGGAGUCGACCAACACAGUGAAGCAGGCAAAACUGAAGGCGGGCAUGGCCAUGGACACGGCCGGCAUGAUCAAGGGGACGGCAGCGGGGUUCCAGGCCAAGGGUGAGGGGAAGGGCACGUUCGCGGUCGACGGCGCGGUGGACGAGAAGUGGUCCCGCACAGUUUGUUUUGGAAAGUUCCCCGAGGAUAGCAAGGCAAGGGAUCUCAUCGAGUUCAUGGAGGGGGUGAUGGCCGAGGCUCGUCACAGCAUCGAAGAGAUCUUUGCAUAUUGUAAGAAGUUCGCGGGGGGGGUGGCGCUAAGCAUCGAGCGGGCGGCGGCAACCAACGACGCCGAAAGGGAACGCGCCCCAGACAGCGGGGCCGUCGCGGAGAUCGUCGCACAGUUCUACGAGGGCCUGCACAAGGGGCGCGAUCUCGAAACCACAGGGCCGCAAUUCCGUCUGCCCGGAAUCGCGCCCCCGGUGUCUCGAGAAGAGCUCACGGCAGCGCCGAAGCGCGCGAGGAAGAAGCGCACCUGUGCGGAUGACGGCCCAGUGGUGGAGGUGCCCCAGACAGGAGCCCUCCGCACUCCCGGGGUCGGCGACUCUUGCGAGACCGCCCGCCGCCCGGAGGACCGCCACGAGGCUGGGCGCGUCGUCGCCUACGACGCCGCGCGGGACGUCUACCUCGUCAGCUACGACCGUGCCGGCGGUGAGCCUGGGCUCGCGUGGGAGGCCGAGAGGAUGCACUGGUCGGAGGCCGUCGGCCUCGAGUCGGGUAUAGCCAGGACCAGGCCGGGCCGGCUGGUGAUUUCUGGGUGGAGUCCUCAGGCGGCUCCUGUGGGCUUCGAGGAGGUGGUCCUGGCCCAGGGUGUUGAGGGGACCUUCCUGAGGCGCCGACGCGCGCAGGCCGCAGCGCGCUGGGAGCUGUCGCCCCCGGAGCACCACAGGCCAGGGCACGAUCUCGACGAUGGUGCCAGCCUCCGCACGUGCGGUGGACAGGAGACCAGGGUUCAGGGUUUAUCUCUGAGGCAGAAGCUCAGCGCGUGCGCCGGCCCGAUAACGAUCUGGGCGCUCGACUAUCACUCGCUUUCAAAGCGGAAAAGGCGCGCUGGCGAGCGCAUAUGGCGAUUGAAGUAA